AUGUUACUCAUUUUCCACACGCCUAAUUCCCCCAAAUUUACAUUUUAUUUUGAACCACAAGUUAAUAUCAUUUCUUCUCGUACAUCAAAAACUGUUACAUCAUACAUUACAAUACAUUGUUCGACCAAAAUUCGGGAAUUGAAAAUCCCAUACACAGUUUGGUUCAGCAAAUCAAAAAGGACACUUUUUGAAAUAAGUGAUAUCCUCAAAGACAAGAACUUUGAAAAUUGGACGGCUGAUGAUGAAACUAAAAUCGAAAGUCUUAAAAAGAACAUUCAACAUCAAAUCCACUACCAUUUGACUAUAAAAACAGAUGCUGCAAGUUCGACGCAUAUUGAUUUGGAUGAAUUGAAUAUGUCUGAAAAGCCGAUAGCUGAAGGUGCGAUGGGUAAAGUGUAUAUUGGUAGUUAUCGGAGUGUUCCAGUCGCUGUCAAACAGUUCCGAUGGGAAAACUUGAGUGAUGAUGAUAUGUCUGAGUUAAAGAAAAAUGUCGUUGCUGAGUGUGAGAUCAUGAGUAAGUUACGAAAUCCGUUUAUAGCAAGUUAUAUGGGGUCUGUCACAUACAUCCCACAGGUGUCAAUGGUCAUUCAAUUCUUUGUUUUGGGAUCACUCAGUGAAUAUCUUAGAAAAGAUAGAAUUGAUUACAUUCAACUACCAUACAAACUAAAAGUUAGAAUGUUAUUUGACACAUCACGUGGAAUGCAAUUUUUACAUGAAAAUCGAAUUAUGCAUUUGGACUUGAAACCAGACAAUUUGUUAGUCAAUUCGUUAGACCCCAACAGUGCAUGUUCUAUUAAAAUCACUGACUUUGGGACUUCACGAUUCACUAAGAAAACAAUCGGUAAAAAACAAGACAAAGGACUUGGCACACCAAUCUAUGCAGCACCAGAGACUUUUAGAGAUGAAUAUACUUUUGCUGGUGAUGUCUACUCUUAUGGGAUCACGGCUUGGGAAUUGUUUUACCAAGAAGAACCGUAUCAUGAACUUCGUUCAGUUUUUGAUAUUCAAACAUAUGUCAAUUCUGGUAAAAGACUUAAAAUUGAUGGAUUGAUGCCUGCAAAAUAUCAAGAGCUAAUGAAAAAAUGUUGGGAACAAGACCCUAAAAUAAGACCAACUUUUGAUCAAAUCAGUAAACAAGUCAUUUUGUUGAAUGAAGAAGUAACUGCAUAUAAUGGACUUGAUGAUAAUACGCAUUUAGAAAAGAUUGAAGAAAUAAUAAACAGGCGAGAACAACGUAUGAAAGCACAACUUGACGAAAUUGGAAAAGACAAUUAA